AUGGGCACUCAGUCAGCCGAGGAUUCCAAAAUGAAAAUUCAUUCGAUGAUACUGCAAAAGCGACAAGCACAAGCUGCGAGUGGCGCGGCUAGCGCUGUGCAACAGGCUGGGGCACCACAGCCAGCGAUGCAGGAUGUUAAUGGUUAGUG